AUGUCACUUACUCCACUUGAAAAAGCUGCUAGUGGUGCGUUAGCAUCAGCAUUCGCUAAUAGUUUGGUCUAUCCAUUAGAUCUCAGUAAGACGUUGAUUCAGACACAAGUGAAGAAACAUGAUAAGGAAGUCCUCGGGGGCGAACCAUCGACGCCAGAAGACAGUCAAACAUUGAAAAACACCAAGGACGGUGAAGUAAAGUACAAGAAUACCCUCGAUGUUUUGCGCAAGAUCUAUGCUAAGAAGGGAGUUUUAGGAUGGUAUCACGGGCUUGCGUCGUCAAUAUUAGGGACCACAGCGCAAAACUUUUCGUACUUCUACUGGUACACGAUUGUCAAACGUGUUUACGCUAAUCUUUACAAGCAUAUACCCAACCACAAGCCUACCACUGCCACCGAGUUGUUCUUGGGUGCUUUGGCCGCGUGUAUAUCACAACUUUUCACAAUGCCAAUCGGGGUUAUCACCACGCAACAGCAGACUGAUAAGACCCACAAGAACUUGUACCAAUUGUUCAGGGAAAUCUUGGAUCAGGACGGUAUCUGUGGAUUGUGGAGAGGUUUAAGGGUAUCGAUGGUUUUGUGUAUCAACCCAUCAAUUACCUACGGAUCGUACGAAAGAUUGAAGCAGAUCUUGUAUAACAGCAAGGAGUUCUUGGGACCAUUGGAAAGUUUCUCCAUUGGGGUUUUGGCCAAGUCCAUGGCCACGAUAGUGACGCAGCCAUUGAUCGUAUCGAAGGCCAUGUUACAAAAGAAGGCGCACAAGAAACAAACACCUACUGGUGACAAGGAAGCGUAUGGAAACGAAGAGGAAGAUGAUGAAGAAGACAUCAAAUUCGAUGCCUUCACGCAUGCGUUGGCCCACUUGUGGAAAACUGAAAAAUUCAGAGGCUUAUACAAGGGCGUAGCUCCACAGUUGCUAAAGGGUGUUUUCGUACAAGGUUUAUUGUUCAUGUUCAAGGACCAAAUCGACUUGUUUUUCUUGUUCUUGUUGAAGCUAAUCAAGACCAAAAAGAUAAUCUCCCGUUAG